GUUGCUGCUUCUUUCACUCUCAUGUGUGCCUUAAUGAAAAAAUGGCUUGUUAGCUACUGAAAUGAACAUUCCUACCAAAACCUCGUUAGUUGCAUUACAAAAAGAGGCUGAACAUAAUGGAAUGGAGACAAAAAGCAAAGUGAUGCAUCUGAAGGAAGAAAUGGAAACAAUCAGAGAGGAAGUAGAAUUAGACAGAUUGAGGGAAGUUUUGUUAGAACUGAGAAUUGUUGCCACUUGUCUCAGAUUCUUUUACUGCUUGGGAUGUUUCUUUGAAUUUUUGCUCAUGAACGAACGUCUCUUCAGUCGUUGCAAGCAUUAAAAGAGGAAAUUUAAAGCCUGUAACUCCACCAACAAAGGGAACACCAACGGAAAGAAAAAGUCAUCCAUGUCCCUGUGGCAAUCAGUAAUCUUCAUUGGAAGGAGAGAGAUUCAGCAGAAUUGUGUUCCAUCUAGUGAACAGACUCAUCGUUCUGUGACAGAGAAUGGCCCUAAACCUCCUGGACUCUGAUGGAUUGUGAAGCCUGGAAGUUCAAGUCAAAGAGUUAGGACCACCAUUUGAAUUAAGGAAUAGAAGGAUGAGCACUAACUUUAAUUCUAGGCCCUUUUUUGUAAUCUUGUAAUCUCUGCUUCUGCCAGAAUCUUAACCAGACCUAUCAAAGUCUUCCUUUCAGGUGAUUUCCAGGCAUGUCAACUACCAAUGUUACUGACUGUCCUGAUGACAUUCACCAAUUGCAGUUGAUUGGAUACAGCUUGAUCUUCAUAGCAGGCUUAUGUCUCAAUGUUGCGUCCCUCUUGAUCUUCUUGUACUAUCUGAAGCUCAAGUCAGUGGUGGCCAUCUACAUGUGUAACUUGAUUACGAGUGACCUCCUUUUCACUAUAUCUUUGCCCUUCCGUAUAUAUUACUAUUACAUGGGGGAAUGGCCCUUUGGAAGUUUCCUUUGUCAAGUCUCGGGUUCGCUUUUCCAAAUAAAUAUGUACGGUAGUUGCAUUUUCCUGAUGUGCAUCAACUUGGACCGCUUUGUUGCUAUUGUCCACCCGCUACGCUGGCGCCACCUCCGGCGUCCCAAAGUAGCCAGGCUGCUCUGCUGUGUGGUUUGGGUACUAAUCCUGAUAGGCUCUGUUCCAGUUGCUAUAAUCCACAAGGGAACUUCAUGUAUUAAGAAAAGUGGGACAAAUUCUAACCUUAAAAAAAUUGAAAUCAUUGUGUGCUUUGAAAACUUCAGUAAGGACUUGUGGCAGGGAAAAAUCUUUGGUCUGGUCAUUUUAGCAGAGAUUCUUGGCUUUCUCCUCCCUCUGACCUCUGUGACAGCCUGCUCAAUCCGAAUUUUUCAGAAUCUAUGCCAGACUCGUGGGUCGCGGAGCCUGCGCCAAGAAAAGACCAUUCGCAUGCUUGUAGUCAAUCUGGUCAUCUUUAUCAUCUGCUUCGUACCCUACAACACCAUCCUAGCAGCUUAUGGGCUGAUAAAAGCCAAAGUGAUUAUUACUGAUUCAACCACACAGGCUUCAGUGCGCAAUGCCCUUAUCAUCGCUAUGCUACUUGCAAGUAUGAACUGUACCCUGGAUCCCUUGAUCUAUUAUUUCAGUACAGAAGGCUUCAAAAAUACUUUGAAGAGAAUAAGAAGAGGGCAGGCUUGGGAUUUUGAGAUGGGAACCCUUCAGACUCGAACAAGAAAAAACAAAAAAGCUGCCUCCUACAAGGCAGCAAAUAUUAAGCAGGAUAGUAAACAAUAUCCAGUUCAGAAUUCAAUUGCUCCCUUUGCUUCCCCUAAGAUAUUCUUGAGAAGCUCCAUUGAAGACUCUGAAAUAUAGAGAUGAGAGAACUAUCAAACUAUCAAGCUUUUGGAAUGAAGUAGCAUUACAGAAAGUGGCUGCCAGAAACAUUUGGACAAAAUAUGAAGAAGACUUGAUGCACUUAAAUACUGUAAAGCCAUAUACUGUACUGUAAGAGCAGUGGAGUUACGAUCUUGGUCUGAGGGGUAAUGAGAUCAUACCCCU